AUGGCGCGUCCAUUAGCACAGGAUUUCUUCGUGGGCUUCGACGUAUCCGACCAUGAUAAAGCUUUCCUUCUCGAGAUCCUCACCAACCCCGGCACUCCCUUGGAGGAGAAGGUCGCCAUCUACGAAACAUGCCUGUUUUCCGGCUUCCAGGACUGGCAACUGAUGCUAGAACGUGCGGCCUCCAUCAGGAAGAACAACCCACCGCCAGCAUCGGAGCUCGAUGCACGAGAUGUCCUGGCCUACGUCCAACGACCCAGUGAGGACACGCUAGCCGACGAGAGGGUGCGCGAGGCCUGGGCCGCCACCGACCAGUCCAUCAAGAAGCUCGCGGCCAUGGUCCCGGCUCGUGAACCAGUCACCACUCAGCCCCCGGCCGACGUCCCACGACCCAGCAACGCCACACCAGCCGAUGAGGGGACGCGCGAGCCCUGGGCCGCCACAAACGAGUCCAUCAGGAAACUCGUGGCCCUGCUCCAAGAGCCUGCCAUCGUCAACCACGAGGACCAUCAGAUCAUUAAGCGAGAGGGUGUCGCCAAACGCGAACGUGAGGAUGACGCCCAAGACAAACGGGUCAAGCGACGGAGAACUGCCUCCUCCAAGGCCACAUCUCACUACUUUGCGCAACCGGCGGAUGAGCAGCCGUCUCAGCAACCAGCAUCUCCGGCCGCGGGCAAUGUGCAAGCCGGUGGCACCUCGGCGGUCCUUCGCAACGGCAUCGCUACGCCGCGCAGCUCCUCCCACAAGUCCACCGAGAUCGAGGCCGCGGGGGAUGGUCCCUCCGACCCGCUGCAAGCCAGAAACGCCGCUAAUAUAGCCGGCUCAAGCAACGGCGGCAAUGACGACAUCGCCGGCGAUUUAAAAGUCAACGGCCCGCGGACAGCCAGGGCUCUGCGGGCAAAUGUGCCAACCCGGCGUUCCACCCGCCUGGCCCCAUCUCCCUCUCUGACGCCCUCAUCCGGCGCCAUCACGUCGCCAUUCUUCGCUUCGGCCCCGGCACAGUCUCCCGUGAAACAGUCACCCAAGAAACGAAAUGGCGGCCUCGUCUCAACAAUCCCCUUCCCGCCGUUGUCAGCCCCCAAGUUUGGUCUCAUCCAAGAGGAGUUCGCUCACGAUCCCUUUUGGCUCAUGACCGUCGUGACCUUUCUCGUCAAGACAGCCGGCACGGUUGCUAUCCCAACAUUCUAUAAAGUGAAGGAGACCUAUCCCACGCCAGCUCACUUGGCCGACCCAGACCCAGCGACGGCCAGCUCGAUUACAAAGCCGCAUCCCACCGAGACAACUGCCGCAGACGACGCGUGGGAGAUGGGCCACUUCACCCAGGGUAAAUACGCCCUCGACAGCUGGCGCAUCUUCUGCCGCGACGAACUCCUCGGCAGGGCUCGGGACUGGAACGGCGCUGGUGCCGCCCCCAACUUCCAGCCCGAGUGGAUGAGGGUUCGGCCCGACGAUAAGGAGCUCCGGGCGUGCCUGCGGUGGAUGUGGAUGCGGGAGGGCUGGGAGUGGGAUCCCGCCACGGGGGAGAGGACGGUCCUGCGCGAGGAGAUGCGGAGGGCCGUCGAGGAGAAGCGGGUGACAUAUGACGAGGUCGGCGGGCUGAGGAUCCUGAGCGAGCCGCGUCCGGAGUAA